CGCCCCGAGGCCUGGCCCUGAGGUGGCCACCGCCCUUGCACGUUCUCCCGUGGGUUUUGCGUUUAUCCCCCGCUUGGAGAAAGCACCGCUGUGCCGAGCAGCAACCCCUGGACGCAGACAAUGGAGGCAGCGCUGGCAGCGGCCCGGCUGCCCCCGCACGACGUGAGGACGCCAGUCCUGACGGUGCUGGACAUGCACACCGGCGGCGAGCCCUUGCGCAUCGUACACGCCGGGUGUCCGGAGGUGGCCGGGCCCACAUUGCUGGCCAAGCGGCGCUACAUGCGUCAGCACCUCGACUAUGUACGGCGACGGCUCGUGUUCGAGCCCCGCGGCCACCGGGACAUGUACGGGGCGGUCCUGGUGCCGAGCGAGCUGCCCGACGCGCACCUGGGUGUCUUGUUCCUGAACAACGAAGGCUACAGCUCCAUGUGCGGCCACGCAGUGCUGGCGCUUGGCCGCUUCGCUCUUGACUUCGGACUGGUGCCCGCUCCCCCAGAUGGCGCCCGCGAGGCACAGGUCAACAUCCACUGCCCUUGCGGGCUGGUGGCCGCCUUCGUGGCAUGUGAAGGUGGCCGUAGUUGUGGCCCCGUGCGCUUCCACAGCGUCCCGGCCUUUGUCUUGGCCGCAGACCUCACAGUGGAUGUUCCCGGACAUGGAAAGGUGGUGACAGACAUUGCAUAUGGUGGAGCAUUUUAUGCAUUUGUUAGUGCAGAAAAACUAGGACUUGAUGUGUGUUCUUCGAAGACAAGGGACCUCGUGGAGGCAGCAAGUGCAGUGACAGAAGCCGUGAAGGCUCAGUUUAAAAUCAACCAUCCUGAGAGUGAAGACCUUGGUUUUCUGUAUGGAACUAUUUUAACAGAUGGGAAAGAUGUUUACAGCGAGGAACCUACCACCAACAUCUGCGUGUUUGCAGACGAACAGGUCGACAGAAGCCCCACCGGCUCGGGAGUGACGGCCCGGAUUGCUCUGCAGUAUCAUAGGGGCUUUGUGCAGCUGCAUCAGACCAGAGCCUUCAAAAGCAGUGUAACUGGGUCAGUGUUCACGGGGCGUGCUGUGAGGGAAGCAAUGUGCGGGGACUUCAAAGCUGUCAUAGUGGAAGUUGCAGGGCAAGCCCAUUACACGGGGACAGCAAGCCUGACAGUGGAAGAUGAUGACCCGUUGAGGGAUGGCUUUCUUCUCAAGUGACCUUUUCCAUACAUUUUAAGGUUUCCCUUCUAAAGUCAUUACCAAUAAGUGACGUUCUCUCUGUAUCACAUGAAAAUCAGCAUCCAGCUAUUCGUGUAGGCUAAUUUUCUCCACUUUCUAAAAUAGAACACUAUGGCUAACUGCAAGGCAUUGUACUUCCUAUCUGCAAACCCUUUGAGCAUAAAUAUCACUGAUGUGGUUUACAAAGUGCUAAAAAUUCAGAAACUUUUUAAUCAUUAGCAUGCAAGGCAAAAUUAAGACCUAGUUACUUAAUCUGUACUGAUAUGACAGUGCUUUGUCUUAAAGUGUCUUCGAAUGACAGCUUCAGUUAUAAGAACACACAAUAGUAAACUUUGUGAGUUCGUUGUUUUAACAUUCCAGUUUGAGUAAAGCAAAGCAGCAUGCUGAGGAGGGGGUUUGCUGGGAGGUGCUCAACACUUGGCAUAAACAAUCUUAGAAGGAUCAAAUGGAGUCUGCUUCUUUGACAGGCCUCUUAUAGGUGCUGCUGGGGCAUCACCUUUGCUGCCGUGACCCACCGUAAUCCACACCCACUGGUACCCAAGUGCCUCAAAGUCACUGGCUGAUGCUGCAAAGGCCAACUGGUGACCAGAUUUUUUGCCAUCUCUAAAAUGGUGCUUUUUGGUUUGGGAGUGGUUAUUUUGUUUGUCGUGUGUUGUCUGGUUGUUUUCCCUGUGUUUGGUACAUUCAUUGGAUCUAAGGAUUGAUUCUACAACUCAUGCUACAUUACUGAAAUACAGAUGUGAAGUAAAAAUCAAUUUCUGAACCUGUA